GAGAAAUGCCCUGGCUUGGUUCAGGCACCCUUUUCAACACAUUCUCUGCAGAGAGACAAACUAAAAUUUUGUCCAGUUCCAACCAAUUAUCUUGAAUUAUAUAUAUAUACAAAACACACACCUUCACACAAUUACACAAAGGAGUGUUGCAAUGAGGAUGCAUCCUUGGAUUUUUGGGGUCAUUUGCCUCUGCCAAUUGCUCUGUGUGGUGACUACUGGUGGAGGAGGGCAUGUUGAGUCCAAUUUCAAAUGGCAGAGAUCAGAAGAAAAACAUGAAUUGAGUUGCAACAUGUACGAAGGAAGGUGGGAGUUGGAUGAUUCUUACCCUCUCUAUGACUCUUCAACCUGCCCUCACAUUCGUAAGGAAUUUGAUUGCUUGAAAUAUGGUCGUCCUGAUCAACAAUACCUCAAAUACAGAUGGCAACCCAACGAAUGCGACUUACCAAGAUUUGAUGGGAAAGAUUUCUUGACAAAACUUAAGGGGAAGCAGAUCAUGUUUAUAGGAGAUUCAGUCAGUCUCAACCAAUGGCAAUCACUUAUAUGCUUGCUUCGUUCUUCUGUGCCUCAAACUGAAAUAUUAGAGCAGGGCGAUGUGAACGUAUCUAACUACACAUUCCAGGACUAUGGAGUUUCGGUGAUUAUUUUUCAUUCUACAUAUUUGGUUGACAUUGAAGAGGACAAAAUUGGUCGAGUAUUGAAGCUUGAUUCCCUUCAGAGUGGAAGCAUAUGGAAAGAAAUGGACAUUAUGGUUUUCAACACUUGGCUUUGGUGGUACCGCAGAGGGCCUAAGCAACCAUGGGAUUAUGUUCAAAUUGGUGACAAGAUACUCAAAGACAUGGAUCGCAUGGAAGCUUUUAAACUUGGUUUGACAACAUGGGCUAAUUGGGUCAAUGCAGAGGUAGAUACAAACAAAACCAAAGUUCUUUUCCAAGGAAUUUCUCCUUCCCAUUACAAUGGCACGGGGUGGAAUGAGCCAGGAGUGCGAAACUGUUCCAAGGAGACGCAGCCAAUAAGUGGAUCAACUUACCCUAAUGGAUUGCCAGCAGCAUUAUUUGUAUUGGAAGAUGUGCUGAAGAACAUAACCAAACCUGUUCACCUGCUUAACAUUACAACUCUGUCACAGUUGAGAAAAGAUGCACAUCCUAGUUCUUACAAUGGAUUCAGAGGCAUGGACUGCACUCAUUGGUGUGUAGCAGGGCUGCCAGAUACAUGGAAUCAGCUGUUGUAUGCAGCAAUCACUAGUUAGAAGAAAUAAAGGUUUAUGUGUGUAGCCUGCAGAAUUUUAUUGGGAAAUUCAUGUAAAUUUUUUAUCAAUAAUGUUAAAUCAUUUUAAAGAAA